CGAGACGGAGACGGGAACGUUCUCGAGACGUUCCGGAAGGAACGAGACGCGGAUGACGUCUUCGGGUUUGAACGGCGGCGGCUCGGGGAGGCCGAGAGGGGUGGCGCCGCCGCCGCGCGACCUCGCCGGCGAGGACGCGCAGUGCGCCGUCCACGACCUCUACACGAGCGCGGCGGAGCUCGCGGUGUCGGCGCUCGGCGCGGUGGCGACGGCGACGGCGGAGCCCUUCCACGGGGAGCUGCCGCAGUCGGUGCUCGAGGAUGCGUUGCAGAGAGUCAUCGAGUGGGAGAGGGAUCCGACGCUGACCUACCUGACGUCGCUCAUCCUGCAGGACGACCAGUGCUGGGCGACGUUCAGCUACAUAUACUCGCUGACGAGGGGUCCCGCCCAGGUUUGGCUCGCGUUCCCCCUGGCGCCGUCGGUGGACGCGACGAUGCGAUGCCUCGGAUGGAGCGGCGCGGACGGCGGCGGCGCAGCCGGCGGCGACGACGGGGAGAGCAUCGGCGGGGAGGUGUCCAACGCCGCGCAGGGUUUGGGGGACCACAACCCCUCGGAUUACUGCCAGGAGGUUGCGUCCUUUCGCAGCAGGGCGUCGAGGCUCCAGGAAACCUGGGGUUUCAGGCCGUUAGUGUCGCAGACGCCGUGGAACACCCGGGGCUUGAUGCAGUUCGAGGAUCCCGCGGUGGAGGCGGCGUUCCUGAGAUUCGCGGACGGGAAGACGACCGUCGCCGUGAACGCGGGGAUACUCGUGUUGUGCCUCCUCACCUCGGCGUGCAUGGUGUUGAACGGCAACUUCGCGCUGCUGCGGGGGUACUUGGGGUGUAAACCCGAGGCUGUCGACGCGACGACUCUCGCCGUUCGUUUUUUCCCGAUGCUCGCGGCGCUGACGCUGGGGCUCGUCAGCGCCUGGUGCGCGCGCCUCUCGAACCCGCUGCGCGUGCGCAUGGGGUGCAUCUCGGUCUUCAGGCUCAUGCUGGCGGCGGUGACGCUGAGGUCCGGAGGGGCCGUGUUUCACGGGGAGAAUGUCGCCUUUGACUCGGCCGGCUUGGCGAUUGUGCCAAACGCAGAGCGGAGCGUGUUCGACCCGGGGGCGUUCGCGGAUCAGUUCGGGGUCAAGACCUGCGCGUUCUUCGUGUUGACCACCAUCGUCCUGCCGUACCUGUUGCCCCUGCGAUUCGGCGAUCACGUCGUGACGAGCUUCCUGUGCGGGCUUGUCUCGUGGGCGAGGUUUGGGUCGUUUUUCGGGGUGGGAGGCAUGGGUAGGAUGUUUCGGUCGGAAAAGGACCUGGCCGUGCGGUGCGCCCUCUUCGCCGCGGCGCAGGUUCCCAUGUACGUCAGGGAGUAUCACAUGCGGUUCAAGUUCUUGAUGAACAAGUUCGGGCCGGGCAACAGGCUGGAGAAGGAGAAGGUCAUCUGAGGGGAAACGUGCGUCGCGUUUGAAAUUGUAACGAUUCUUUCAUCAACACC